AGUUAGCGUGGAGUGCUGACCAGUUGCGCCCGAGCGUCGUGCGCGAUACCUUCUUUGUCAUUUGUGUAAAAAUGUUUGCGCUAAUUUUACUCGCCGUGGUACUAGUAGCAAUUUACCUUUACAACACUAGAACAUUCAGUUAUUGGGCUAAAAAAGGAGUGAAAUAUGAAAAGCCAGUGGUUCUUUUCGGAAACAAUUCCAGAAACUUCCUUAUGCAGCGAAGCAGGAGCCAGAUGGUCGAAGAAUGGUACUGGAAGUAUCCAGAUGAGAAAGCCGUCGGAUACUACAGAUCAACUACGCCCGAGCUUAUAGUGAGAGAUCCGGAGCUCGUAAAGGAGGUAUUAAUAUCUGGAUUCUCCCACUUCUAUGCCCGUGGAUUUCAUCCAUAUCCAAAAGUAAUUGAGCCUGUGUUGCGUCAUUUGUUUAUAGUCGAAGGAGAUCUUUGGAAGAUGUUGAGGCAAAGAAUGACACCGGCGUUUACUAGCGGGAAGCUAAAAGUUAUGUUUCCUAUGAUAGUAGAAAAAGCUGAAAAAUUACAGAUAAGGGUUUUAGCUGCAUCUAAAAGUGGCGCAGCCCUCGAUGCCAGGGACCUCAUGGCCCGGUUCACCACCGACUUCAUCGGGUGCUGCGGGUUCGGUCUUGAUGGGAAUUCCUUAAAUGAUGAGGACUCUGAUUUCCGAAGGCUUGGCUUCGAUAUUUUCAACGUUACAUUCAAAGAUUUCGUCGUUACAGUACUAAAAGCAGUGUUCCCCGCACUUUGUCAAAACUUAAAAUUUACUGCCAAACUUGAGGACAGAGUGUUCAACCUCGUGAAUCAAGUUCAGGAAAGUAGAGGAUACAAGCCAUCGGGCAGGGGUGAUUUCAUAGAUUUGCUUCUAGAAUAUAAAGAAAAAGGACCGAUUACAAUAGAAUCGAUCGAGAAAUUUUUACCAGAUGGUACCCCCGAAAGGGUCACCAUGGAGCUUGAUAAUGUAUUGGUAGUGGCGCAAGUGUUUUUGUUUUUCGCGGGCGGGUUCGAGACGUCUUCAUCGACUACAAGCUACACUCUUCACCAGCUUGCUUAUAACCCUGAAGUUCAGAAGAAAGUGCAAAAAGAAAUCGAUGAAGUUCUAGCUAAAUACAACAAUAAAUUGAGUUACGAUGCUGUCAAAGACAUGACGUACCUGGACUGGGCGUUCAAAGAAAGCAUGCGAAUGUUCCCAGCCGUGGGGUAUCUGUUAAGAAGAUGCGUUCGACAAUAUACAUUCAAGAAUAUGGAUUUGACCGUAGACCCUGGUGUGAGGAUGUUGGUGCCCGUGACAGCACUGCACAUGGACCCCCAAUAUUGGGACAACCCCAAAGAAUUCCGACCCGAAAGGCACCAUCCAGAUGAAUUUACUUCCAAACAGAAAGCAGUAUUCUUCCCAUUUGGAGAAGGACCUCGUAACUGCAUCGGUACUCGCCUGGGCCAGAUGCAGUCGCUCGCGGGACUGGCGGCCAUCUUGUCCCGGUUCAGCGUGGAGCCCGCCCCGGGAAGCGUGCGGUUCCCGCAGCCCGACCCUACGUCAGACAUCGUGCAGAGCCCCAAGGGCGGGAAGUUGCCCUUGAUAUUUAAAGACAGGAAAGCGUCGGCUGUGAAUGGAUUUUAAGAUGAGAAAAUAUAGCGCACUCUAAAACGUUGUUAAUUUUUAAUACUUUUUACCCAACUACGGCAAAGCAAAAGGAGGGUUAUGAUUUUGACAGGCUAUGUAUGUGUGUAUGUUCAUUUGUUCUCUCGUAACUUCUAAACUACUUAUCAGAAUUCGACAAAUGACAUAUUAGAAGUGUCUUAAUUGUCCGCUGGUUAUAGGCUAUAUGGGGUUUCACAAAAUUUAAUGUGGCGCCCUCUAGCGGACAAAACAUUCAGAGUAAAAAAAUAACGUUAAGAUAAAUAUUCCGUGUUUGGUAUCAUUUGAAAGCGCUUUACCAGUCACACGUUGUCAAAGUGCUACGGUAGGUAGGUAUAUGUAACGUGUGACUACGCCUUUCCAAACAUGAAAAUUACUAUGCAACUACAUUAGCAACUUUGUUCAGUUCAGUAUUCUGAAAAUCUUGUUUUAUACUUUUUCAGCGUCGUUUUUUGUCGUAGUUGGGUUUUAGUUUUUUUAUAUUUAGGACUUGCCAUUUUCGGCGGUAAUACGGUAAUUGUCGUAAUUAAUACUUUUAUUAGCUUCAAAAUAAUGUGCAGAGUAAUACACUAUUGUGCAAUAAUACUUGCUUACUAAUGCUUGUUUUUAAUUUUUUGUUUUGUUUGUUUUUCAUUUUUUGUUUUGUUUUUAAAUUACACUAAUGACUAGCUGCUGCGCUUUGUGCGCAGUAUUGUUUGAAUUGUAUACCUACUUAGUUGCUUACUUUAUAGCUUUUAAGAAAUGAUUUAUAAACUUAAUUACCCUAAACCUAAUUUUUUUUAAAGGUAUGCUCUCAAUAAAAUGUUUAUAUGUAA